AUGGUGGGCUCUCCUGGCCUGCGGUCUGGGGUGGAUGGGGAGCGGGGGCAGGUGGCCCUUGGUUCCCCAUCAUCUGACUUGGUGUCCUCUCCUGGUCAUGGAGACCAGUUGAGUGCUCGGAGGAUGACAGGCGGUCACUCCCCGGGCAACUUCACGCAGGAGGAGGUUAUUCAGUUCGGUGGGAUUCCGGACCAGGCGGCUGAGGGUCGACGGUUGAGCUGUCGUCUUCAGGGCCGUCCGGAGGUGGACGACAUGCAGCAGCGCUGCGCCGUGAGGGCGGCCAAGCUUCGAAUUUCACUAGGUAGUAAUGAGGGUGAAGUUUCUAAUUCAAUCAAUGAUUUGCUUGAUCUGGAAGCCGAGAGGGCUCUAGAAUUGAUUCGUAACUUAGCCGUCGUAAAACCCAUGAAUGAUUCCGAGAUUGAUGCUUUGGGAGUCCGGGUGCUUGAUGACUUUUGUGCUGAUCUCGCGCCUCCCCUUCAGGAGCAGGAGGAGGAGGAUGAGAAUGUCGAGAUGGUUGUAGUUAGCCCCCCAGAAACGGGGAGAGAGGACCGGGUGCGCACGAGGACCAGCCCUAAGCGCAAAUGGAAGCGCAAGAUAUACCCGAUGUCCGCGUUCAGGGUGCGGUCCAAGGUUGAUGGAUUUGACUGGUCUUUGGUGGAGGUGUAUGGUGCUGCGCAGGCAGAGUUCAAACCCGAUUUUUUGGCCGACCUUGUUAGAGUUUCCGGGUCAGAGCAACUCCCCAUUCUGGUUGGGGGAGACUUUAAUAUUAUUAGGAGACGUGAUGAGAAGAACAAUGAUAAUUCCGACGGGAGAUGGUCGUUCAUGUUCAACACUAUUAUUGAAAGCUUGGAUUUGAGAGAGAUUGAGCUUUCAGGCUGGCUAGCCGGUGCAGGGGCGCAAGCACGCGCGGUGGCUCGCCGCACUGCCGGUGACGAAAAAGAUGGGGAAUUUCAGGUGCAGCCCAGAUGGAGGAAGUUCUUGGCUCAUGUUGGGCCUGGAGCUCUUGUGGCCAUUGGCUUCCUGGAUCCUAGCAACUUGGAAACUGACAUGCAAGCUGGAGCUGACUGCAAGUAUGAGCUUCUGUGGGUCAUCUUAGUUGGGAUGAUCUUUGCGCUCUUUAUACAAACAUUAUCCGCCAACCUUGGAGUGAAAACAGGGAAACACCUUGCCGAACUCUGCAGGGAAGGGUAUCCCCCCUUCGUCAAUAUUCGCUUAUGGAUCAUUGCAGAGCUUGCAGUAAUUUCUGAUGAUAUCCCUGAAGUGUUGGGUACCGCCUUUGCAUUCAACAUAUUGUUCAAAAUUCCUGUGUGGGCUGGAGUUAUCCUCACGGUGUUCAGCACCGUCUUGCUUCUUGGGGUGCAGAGAUUUGGUGCCCGGAAACUGGAGUUCAUCAUAGCAGCGUUCAUGUUCACCAUGGCAGGCUGCUUCUUCGGAGAAUUGAGCUACGUUAGUCCAUCUGCUAGAGAGGUGACCAAAGGCAUGUUUGUCCCCUCUCUGCGAGGGAAAGGUGCUGCUGCCAAUGCGAUCGCGCUCUUUGGCGCUAUCAUCACACCGUACAACUUGUUCUUGCACUCUGCCCUGGUCCUCUCAUGGAAGACCCCACGGUCAAACAAAAGCAUCCGAGCGGCCUGCAGAUACUUCCUCAUAGAGUGCGGCCUUGCUUUCGUCGUGGCGUUCCUCGUUGCUGGAUCUAUUUGCAGUGCUAAUAAUCUCUCUCCGGCCGAUGCUGGCGCGUGUGGCGAUCUUACUCCUCAAUCUGCACCUCUGCUGCUCAGAAAUGUUUUGGGGAGAUCAAGCUCUGUUGUGUAUGUGGUUGCGCUGCUAGCUUCUGGGCAAAGCACCACAAUUAGUUGCACAUUCGCUGGGCAGGUCAUCAUGCAGGGGUUUCUGGACAUGAAGAUGAAGAACUGGGUUAGGAACCUCAUCACCCGGGUCAUCGCCAUUGCUCCAAGCCUUAUAGUCUCCAUUGUGAGCAGUCCGUCAGGCGCUGGCAAGCUAAUCAUCCUUUCCUCGAUGAUUCUUUCGUUUGAGAUGCUGUUCGCUCUCAUCCCUCUCCUCAAGUUCUGCAACAGCAACAAGAAAGUAGGACCCCUCAAGGAGUCCAUCUAUACGGUGAUCAUCGCGUGGGCCCUCAGUGUGGCACUCAUCAUUGUCAACACCUACUUCCUGGUAUGGACCUACAUAGACUGGCUGGCACAUAACCACCUCCCAAGGUACACCAACGUGCUGGUCUCUGUGGUCAUCUUUGCGCUCAUGGCUGCCUACCUCGUCAUCGUUGUGUACCUGACGUUUAGGAAAGACAUGGUGGUGACUUACGUACCAGUGGCAGAGAGGGUGCAGGGCCAGGCGGAGGCUGGUAGGGCACCGGUGUUGGCGUCCGGUGCAGACGGGGACCAGCCAGCGCUGUACAGGAAAGACCUAGCCGAUGCCUCAAUGUAGCUAGUAUACCAUGAUGGAUGAGAGUGUGCUCAAUGGUGUCCUUUGCUUAUGUGCUACGGUUAUACUUCCCUCAAGCAUGCUGUGCAUCCUAUACAUGUUCAGUGCAUACAAGUGUAUUACUAUUGUGGUUGGUUCAUUGGUUGCAUUUGUUGAAACAUCCAGAUGUGUGGUGGCCUGUAUUUGUGAAGACAUGCUGAAGUGAGAGUUUUUUUGGUAGGCUAUAU